GUUUGUCCACUUGCUCAAACGCACGUUUAAAGGCGAUCGGACAACGGCACCUUUUCUUGUCCGAAUCACCAAUGGAGCGCCUCUUAAAACUGGGUUUAAUGGAUGUAAAUACGAGCGUAGAAAGCAGCUAGAUGUGCAACGUUCUCCAGUCGUGGUGUCGCCCCCCCCCCCACCGCCCCCAGCUCCCUCGCUUCAUGGAGAGCACGUCUGAAAUACCAACGGUGACAUGUGAAAUACAGACAGCAUGUCCUAUGGCCUCACAGCACAGGGUGCCCCCCCCCAAACAGAGCCGCAUCAGAAGCCACAAAAACCUCAGGAAAGCCGCAACAGAGAGAGAGAGAAGUUAAAAUAUGCAAUUUAACUUUCAAGUAAUAAUAGAGAAAUCUCUUUUUUUUACAAGCUAAGACAUAGUUUGGAAUCAGAAACAUUUGUGUGUAAAAUUCACCUUGAUCCGUUUUUUUUACUGACUUUAGAGCAUUUAUGCACGGGUUCUGUGUACUGUGGGACUCUGUAUGUAGAGAAAAGAAAGUUUAUUGCCAAGAACGUUGCGGAACAGAAUUUGCCUUUAUUAUUGGUGCAACCCUAUGAACACAGUGCAGUGAUAUAAGACAAAAUAAACACAUUUAAAACAUGAAAUGUAUGGUAAAAUAUUUUAAACCAUUAAACAAAUGACAGUAGGUUGAUUUCAUUAAGUGUCAAGUGUAUGUGAGAAAUGUAAAAAGGUGCGGAACUGUAAGAAAUUGUUGGUAUAAGCACACUUAGCUUCAUGGUAACAAUCCCUCCCUCCAGCCCAGUCACAAGUAUGCAGUGCUACUGCCUGGUAGCACAAAGCACACCGUGAAGCUCAUGUGACCGUAUUAACCUUUCAGACCUAAUCCUGCAGCCAUGAGACAGAGAGAUCAGAAAAAAAGUUAGAGAAAUUUCCAAAGAACAAAGAAAGCAGAAGAGAAAACAACUGUCAAAUGUUUUGUUGCUCCUCUGAAGCCCUCAAGACUCCGUUUCUAUCUAUGGUUUGUUUUGACACACAGACUCUUGAUAUACAGAAGCGCAGAUUUGCCACUGCAUUGUCAAAUGAAUCGAAUUGAACCCGAUAUCAGCGUGCAACUCCCCCCGUGGCUUCAAAAGCAACAAGACCACAGAGAAUAAAACUGACGUGAUGUUCUUGUAGCAUCAGUGACAGCAAGAAAUGUCUCCAUUAUUUCCAUAGUUAGUUUUAUAGCUCGCAGCCAAAUGUCAGUUUACUUGCUGAGGGGCCGGCGACAUAACACGGCUGCAGGGUCUGGCAAUGUCAUUGGCUGCGUGACACGAGUUGUAUGGCUUUGUCAUGCUGGUCUUUCGGCAUGUGAGUGAGUCAGUGGAGCCUUAGGUCAAGAUCAGCCGAUUUCAUUGAAAGGGAAGUUACAUUAACCCGGAGCGGUGAUUAAUAUUAGGCAUUAAUGAGCCUUAAACAUUGCUUCCCACUGACCGGAGGACCAAACCCUCCAAUCAUAUCAUACUACUUAGUCUUGAAAUUCUUUAUUUUUAUAGAUUUUCAUGGCAACCCAUUCAAUUGUUAUUGAGAUGUUUAAGUUGGUACCAAUGUGGUGGAAUUAGAAAAAGCAAUUUCAAAUCUGGGAUGGCCAAUUCAGAAGCCCUCGAUUUCAUACAUGGCUGCGUCCUCAGAGGCAAUUUAAACAAUUCAGUCCAAGUGCUUUUUUGUGUACGCUUGGGAUGUUUGCCUGACACCAACCUGGAUAUAAAUACAAACAAACUGCCUGCACAUAAACUCAUUUCCUCAUUGCCUUUGUACCGUGUGGAUGCCUCUGAUCAUUGAUCACAAUCAAUUUAACACCUACUUCCAAUUUAGAUUCCUACACUGGUGCAAGCUAGACAUCCAUAUGAAAAAGAAACAUUCCUUGUAUUAUAUAACUAGAUAGACAUGAAUGUCUUUGUUGGAUAACCGGGCAGUUGGAAACCAUGUGGCAUCACCGUGCCAUUCUAACUCUUACUGUGCUCUGGUGAAACACAAGUGUGGUAGAAAGAAAGGCCAUAAAGCAGUUAAUGAGAAACGCUUGUUAAGCAGACACACAUAAGGAAUGCCGUUUCACUAAGCCUUAAUCGGACAAUGCUUCGUUACUUUAGUAGAUAUUGUGAACUUUGCUAUUGCUCUACUUUCUAUAACUCUAUGUCAAGUUCUUACGGUAGCAUCAGCCACGCCCCAAACUCGCAGCCCGUCUAUAAUUGCUCUCCCAGAGUUCACUAUGUGUGUGACAUGCCGCCCAAGCACCACCACAGCUCUUGUAAGGGACUCGGUAGCAUUUAGCACCGAAGUGCUACCUUACCCCCUCCUCCUCCCGACUCCAUUGGGAGACACCUGUUGGCACGGAGACACCUCGGGGUGGCAACAUUUAACAUGGCGAUGUUCGUUUUUUCACCCUCCCUUCUUUCACCGUCGGCCAUUAACAUUGCCCUCCCUGCCCCGGGCCCAAUCGACUCUACACACUCGUAGUGCGGUCCUGUGGCGGGAUACACGCUCACACUGGACGUUUGAGCAAGACUGAAGGAACCAAAGGGAAGUAAAGAGGCUUCUCCCGGGAUCCUGGGGAUUGUUUUCGGAGUAUCAUUUUAUGUUUUCUCUGACAACAUGGAGUACUGCUUUUUGACUGGAUUCCUAGUGGUUUUGUUGCUUCAACGUUGCACGUGUGAAGGUCACUCUACCUCCAUCCAGUCCUCCACAGUGGUGCCCUUGCAUGAUGGGCCAACCGUCCUCCAAGAACCAGAGCCCCCUGCAGAGGUGGUACCUGCGGUGGCCCCCCCCAGCCUGAAGGAAGUACAGCAGGCCGUGCAGGAGGCCUCAGAGCAGGUGGAGACCCGUGGGGCGGAGGAAGUGCUGAAGGUGCUGCUGGAGAGGGUGGUGGAGGCAGCUUGGGGGCAGGUGGAAGUAGCAGGAGAAGUGAAAGCAGAUGAGGAAGCAGUACGGGAGGAGGAUGCCCUUGAGCCUGAAAAAGAGGAGGUGGAAACAAAUGCAGAGGUGUUGGAGAAGGCGGUGGAGGGAGAAGAUGUGGUUGCCCAGGGCGACGAUAACGAUGCUGGAGAGGAGCAGGAGGUAGCAGUGGUGGAUGCAGUGGAAUAUGUUUCUGAGGAGGGCAAAGGAGUUGAGGAGGGGGAAGGGGAGACCGUGACGGGAUCUGUGGAGGAGACCGGAGUGGGGGUAGAAGCAGAGGGAGAGGAGGUUAUCAACAAGUCUUCAGGCAUUGAAUACGCUCCGAGGACUGUAGAAGACACUGUGUUAGAAGAGGUGGGAGGGCAUUUAAAGUUGGCGGAGGCAGGGCCGCGGGUCGGCAUCGAGCGGGCUGUGCUGUCGGAAGAGAAAAGUGCGGCUCAAACAGAAAGGCCGGAGGUAGAGGAAACCCCAGCUGUUGUGGAGGAGGCCGUGGCCGAGUCCAACACCAGCCUGCCGUCAGUAGGGGACGUGUGGGGAAAUGAAGAAACUCAGGUCGAUGAAAUGGAGGGCGACGCCAUAGUCCCUCACUCUGAUGAUUUAGAGUCCACACAAUCAGUGGUAGGGGAGAAGGUAGAAGAGAUAAACAUAGAGGAGGAUGCCAAAGAGCCAGAGGUGGAGGACGAACAAGGCCAUUUGGUGGCGGGGGGUGUAGCUGCAGAAGAUGAAGGGGCAGAAGCUACGCCAGCGAGGGAAGAGAGUCUAAUCAAGGGAGAAUCAGUGGAGCUGGCGAAUGAGGGGGGUGAUCCACCAGCGGGGGAAGAGGAGCAGAUGUCUCUGGAGACCUCGCAUGGCGAUGAAAAAGAGGAUCAAGAAGUGCUGGUGAUCUCCGCCCCAGAGCCGCAGGACGCUGGGGGGGCCUCCGUGGAGCCGAGCCCCGAGAACCAGGCUUUCACCCCCGGAACAUUCCCGGGUGUGGGGGAGCCUGAAGAAAAUGCCCUUGGUGAGGAGGCGUAUAACAAUGAGAUCAUAGACCCGACGGAUGUCCAUUUGCCACAUGACGCUGUGGAGCCCCAAGCUGCACCGGAUCACUCUGUGAAGGUUCUAGCUGAACCCCCUCAGGCGGAAGGGGAGGAACCAGGCGAGGCCAAUGAGCUGCUGGAAGAAGCAGCUGGAAACAAAGAGACAGCUGAGCCGGGCCUGGAGCCGUGGAAGAUUGGGGCUAUUUCUGCUGCAGCCUUCCUAGUUUUGGAGACCAUUAUCAUCGUUGUCUAUAUCCUCAAAUGUCGUAACAAAAACAGCACCGCGGGCAUUCAGCGUGCGUGUGAGGAAGGGUGUGUUGAACCGGAGGACGCCACAGGGGGGGACGGCAGUGACGACACACUUCCUGCAAGCAACAGGGACGCCCAACAGAUAGCAGCACUCGACGCGUUCCAGGUCCCUUCAACUGCGGCCCUGAACAAAGGGCAGAAGGAAGAGGAGCGCGCGGUCGCCAUGUCCGACCUCCCGCCCAGCUCCGCAGAGGAGUCGGCCUGCUCCGGACCAGGACCGGACUGCUCGCAGGACCUCAGGACUUCCAUCCUCUAGGGGAUCCAAUCCAGCCGCUCCGUCUGUCCCCACCGUUAGCUAAACAAAGGCAAAGCAAAAAAUACGCCACUCUGCCGGCCCCGGGCCCAAUCCAGCCAAUGAAUCAGCCCGAUUUGUCAAAGCCCAGCCAACCCGAACCCGAGUGUAAUAUCUACAGUAUAUGCAACACAUUUGCAUUCGGUGUGCAGGAAUGCGUGUCUGCCCGUACGAGUGUAAACUGAAAAACAGACUGUACUGUCACACAUUUGGCUCGGGUGAACGCGCGGCAGUGGGCGUGCGCAUUAAGCAGGUGAGCCCACCAGUGGAAAUGAGUGAAAGGGAAGAGCAUGUUUUAAAAUACUCCGUGUGCAUGUAUGUGAGUGUAUGUAAAUGAAAUCAAACGUAUUAUGAUUCCAGUUUGAUUUGAAUAAAACUGUUGAAAUGUUUUUCAUACUGAACACAUCAGUCAAGCUGAACAAAAGCUGUGGGAAACGAUGUAAAAGGGGCUGCGGGUCUUUUUCUUUCUCAGUAAUUCACUAAGUGCUUUGACGGUAGAGUGUCACAGUCUCAUUAGAAUACACAACAAAAAAGAAAUGUCACUAUUGACACAAUGUUAAAAAGUUGAUGUUUAUUCUUCAAAACACUUUGUAUUGUCGUUUAUGAUUUGAAAAGUACCAAAUAAAAAAAAAUAAGAAUAUUGAA